AUGGGAACCAACCUAGCUAUUGCUGCAAAGAAAGAAAUCCCAAUACCAGUAGUGGAAAUCUGUUUCUUGACAGACAGUUCGAUCUCAUUCUUCUGGAUCCUAAAAGAACAUACAACUCGCCCAUAUGUAUCCAACAGGGUAAACGAUUAUCAUAUCAAUAAAUCUUGGAUCGAGAAGACAGGAACCGAAGUAGCUUUACUACACUGUCCGACUGAGUUCAACCCAGCCGACGCCGCUACUCGCGGACUCACCACUACCGAAUACAAUGAAAAUCAGCAAUGGCCACAUGGUCCCAAGUUCCUAUUAGACGGAAGAGAAGAAUGGCCAAACAAGAUCGAAGGAUCAAUCACUAAUGUGAAAGAAUUCCACGAUCUAGUAUUUCAAGAGAUUGUCGAUCCGGUUACUCAAAAGAGAAAAAGAUCACGAAUCCCGAAACCGGAUCCGCCCAAAGCUGAAACGAUCAUGUUGGUAAAUACAGAAGAAAAACUAACCUCCAUCGUUCCGUUCUAUAGAACCAAUAGCAUGAGAAAACUUGUCACAAUUGUUCACAAAACUCUUCUAGCAGUCUGCAAAGCCUUCCCAAACCAUCAAUGGGAAUCGUUCGUGAUGAAAAAAUUCACAAACGAGUCAGAAGAUCAGCCGACUCUGAGGAGAAAGAUGGCAAGAACAUUCACCAUCCAACAGCACUACAUUGAAGCCGACGAACAAGGUCUCUCAUUCCCAUCUGACAUACGUACCUUCAAGGACGAAGACGGCUUAAUCCGAUUCAAAUCACAUGUGAAAUCAAGUGUACUCCCAGCAGAGACACACACCCCAAUCAUGAUUCACAAAGAUCACAAAAUUGCAUUCAUGCUCGUAAGGGAAGCCCACGAAAUCAACGGACACCUCCCAGCGGGAUACCUGUUCAGUGCAUUACGUACGAGGUACUACAUCUGUAACCCAAAAUCCAUUAUCAACAAAGUCAUCUCCGAAUGUACGAAACGCAAAAAAGUCACUGGAAAGCCUUACGCUUACCCCAACUGUCAGAUACUCCCAGCCCUACGAACAGAGCCAUCAUUUCCAUUCGAAAAAGCCGGAUUAGACUAUCUAGGUCCAAUCCAGUAUAUCAAAGAAGAUGGAUCAAUCGGAAGCUGCUAUGUACUAGUCUAUACAUGCUUGGUUACACGAGGAGCUCGACUCGAACUCGUUCCAGAUGGAACCACUGAAAGAUACAUGGAAGCAUUGAGAAUCGUUUUUUCCAGAUCCGGUACUCCAAAAGUGAUCUACUCGGAUAAUGCCGCGACUUUCCGUCUCGGCGAAAAGCUCAUCAACGAAGACAUCCGUACUCACGAGCCGUCAGAAUCCCUAACGAGUUUCUUGGCUGACCGCGAGAUUGACUUCAUCGACAUCACCCCCCUGUCCCCGUGGCAGGGCGGAGUGUACGAACGGAUUGUCGGACUUGUCAAGCAUCAGCUCCAGAAAGAGCUCGGAAAGACUCUCCUCGACUUCCACUCGCUCCGAUGUGUCCUAGCUGGUACAGAAACCAUGAUCAACAGCCGUCCACUAACCCCACAUAUGAGAAACACAGAUGAUAUGGUAGCUCUCAGGCCCAUCGAUUUCCAACUCCCAGGAGUUCUCCUUGAACUACCCACCAACGAGAUUCCCUUUGAUCCUAAACGAUCUACAACGGAAAACAGAACAAGGGAGCAUCUACAAAAAAUAGAUGCAGUCGAAGAAAAACUCUGGGAAAGUUGGGCGCUAGGGUACCUCCUGCAUCUAAGAGAAUCGAAACACAAAAACAAAAAAUGCUCGACUCUGAAGCCAAAAGUGGGACAAGUUGUUUUGAUCAAUACAAAUCUAGUCAGAUGCCACAAGUGGCCAUUGGGAAUCAUCACAAAGAUCUUUCACUCGAAAGUAGGAAUCAGAACCGCAGUAGUGAAAUGCAAAGGAAAACUUUACGAAAGAUCCGUUUGUCAUCUCAUCCCGUUGGAAAUCGAAUCAGUGGAAUCCCAAGAAUGUACUCCAGACAAUGAGAAUACAGAUGAGGAUCCCGGAUACAAGUCUAUCCCGAAUCCACCACUACCUGCAACCUUCGAUAUUCCACAAGCUGAGUACGCUCCAAAGCGAUUCAAAGAUUCCAAGCAAAACUUUGUGCCAAGUGCUGGUAACCUCCCAACUAUCGGAGAACGUGAUCCCGAAGAGGAAAUCAAUUAUGACACCCAGCAUCUGGACACGGAGCCAGCAGACGGAGAAUACAGAGACCCAAAUGCAACAGCAAAGCAGAUUAUGGACUACGGUAAAAAUAAUGUACCUGAUACAAGGACAAGAGAGUACCUACCAAGGAAAGCGAAAGCACCUUACAUCAACUAUGUCCAUGCUACAGUAGUCUCUUCGUCUGGGGCCCGGCCCCCCAAUGUUGUCAAUUUUCCCCAUUAUCUUGGGACACUGACAACUUGA